AUGUCCAUGAACAAUGCCCUCAAGCUAUUUUGGCCGUCGCAUUGCUCAUCACCAAAGUUCCAUCGUCGUCCAGGUUACAUUAUAGGCUGGUUGACAAAGCCUGCCACAGCAUGCGUAGCUGCCAUUAUACCCGACAUUGAGCUAUGCGAUCUACAACGCACCCUAUCAGAGUUCUGUGCUUCUGGAGAAUACUCUGAAUUCGCUCAUAUCAACAAAGUAUGCAAGCUGCCACCUCGAAUACUCGGCACCCUUAGUGCCGAUCUACCAACUGCUUCUACUCGUCGACCUCCUUCCUCCAUGUCCUCAAUGGGUAAAGAUCCCUGGAUCACGGUGGUUCUUGAUGAUGGCUAUGUCCCUGUACCAGUAUCUAUUAGCCAUCAAGGCAAAGUCGUUGAUCUUGCCAGCUAUGAAGUCAUCUUUUAUCAACAACCCAAUCCAAAGCAUCUUCAGUUCCUUGCCCUCGAUCCACUUGAACUCGACAUCUCACACCGACCACUACCUCAUCACGACCAGAAGGAUACCGCCACCAUGGAGAAUUUGAACAAGAUCUUGGGUUACAGCGAACGAAUUGUUGGAGCACCACCACCCGAGUCCUAUGAUUUAUUAUCGGUCCUUGUUCAGAUCAAUUCAUCCUAUUAUCUGGAAAAGGGCAUUCAAAAAUCAUUGACCGAGAAGCGCAAACAAUGCAUGAGCAAAUGGGAACGAUUACAAAGCGGCAUCCAAAGUAUACUCUACCGCCUAUGGACCUGGAUGAUACUGCAACCAGCUAGCUGGCUAGCGUUGACAUUCACAAAAAUGACGCUUGGGCCGUUUCGGUGUUGUUUAUUCGUAUGCUUGUUUGCUGCAGAGGUGACUUUGCACUUGCUCAAUAUGCGGCUACCAAAGUUCUUGUUGAAUGCAGUGACGAUCAAGGAUCUCUCAACAGCAGGUCAGCAAGUGGAUUUAAGGUUACAACAGCUGCAUUUCUGGCCAUAUCAGUAUUCAAUGCUACGAAAACGAAAUUGGGCUAAUACUGCCGAGACGAGAGCAUACUAUAUCAGCUUUUACAAUAGCAUGUGGCUCGUUGCUAAUGAUAUCAUUAUUGGCUUGGCAAUUGGCUCAUUCCUCACGACGAACCGAUACAUCAUGUCCUACUUGCUGCAUAAGCUAUUACAUGAAUACACGGUUGAAUCCUUGCAAUCCAUGAUGUUGUGGUUCCUGGAAUCCCCUGCUGGUCUCAAGCUUAAUCACGAAUUGGGCAAUUUCCUAAGCGAGCUAUUCUUGUGGCUGAUACGUCUUUGGACCGGUUGCAUGCAAGGCAUCAAGCCUCUGACACCACAAAUCAUCCAUGUGAUUGGAUUAUCAGGCAUAUUUGGCGUAUCCAUGAUCAUUUCAUUGUUGUCUGAUUUACUGGCGUUCAUGACAUUGCACGUAUACUGCUUCUACAUGGUGGCCGCACGUAUCUUUAAUUGGCAGCUGAUGAUCCUUUAUUCAUUGUUUAAUCUUUUCCGAGGCAAGAAAAGGAAUAUGCUUCGAAACCGGAUUGAUGCUUGCGAUUAUGAUCUUGAUCAGCUGCUCCUUGGAACAUGUCUAUUUACAUUACUCACAUUCUUGUUUCCCACCGUGCUCAUUUAUUACAUCACGUUUGCAUUGGGAAGAGUGGGUGUCAUCUUUUUACAAGCCAUCAUGGAAACGUUACUUGCCUUUUUCAACCAUUUCCCAUUAUUUGCCAUUAUGCUUCGUGUCAAGGAUCCCGAUCGGUUGCCAGGAGGUUUAAAGUUUGAUAUCUUUGAGCACGAUUACUUUUCAAAAAAGUAUCAUCGUUUAUGGUACUUUAUCCACGGUAUGAUGCGAUGGCGACGACGACAACAGCAUGGGCAUAAAGCGUCUGGCAAGACAUCAGCAGGGGAUCGACAUCAUCAUCAUCAUCGGGGGAAUAGCAGGAAAAGGUCUUCACGUGGAGCUCGUCCCAAAUCAGUACGCUUCAAGACUUCCAACAAAGAGGGUACAAUGAUCACAAGUAGUGCCGCCACUCACGGUGUCGUAGACAGCAGACAUGGUUCCUAUCUUUGGAUGUGGAACUCGCCGAUACCAUUUGGUGCAAUAUUCUUUCAGUACAUGUUGCUAUGGAAACGGUUGAGCGCCCAUUACUUUUCAUUCUACUACUUUAAAUGUUUCUUGUAUGGUGAGCCAAUUAAACCGGUACCCAAGUUACAGUAUCCUAUGUUACCGGAACGACGGCUGUCGCUGGCGGCAGAAUGGGAACGACUUAAGGCUAACUUGUUUCAAUCAAUAUCAUCCAACCAUCAACAUUAUAAAGUUACCUAA